AAAAAAACAAAUAUUCCCAGUCAGCUGAUGGUCCCUAAAGUAGUAAAAGUCAGUAGAAUAGUCAGCUAAAUUUUUUAAAAUAUUCGCACGUUUGGCAUGAUCCAAACGGCCUUCAUUGAAUCGGCUUAAGCAGAAAUCUGAUCUGGCAGUGAUGUACUACGAUGGGGAUCAGGAGAACUUGGCUCCUUGUCCGAAAUUCCUUCACAGAACAAGAGACAAGGCCGGUUUCCCUCAGGGCGAUCACGUCGACGAGGCUCACUUUGGAAAAAAGAACACUGAUGUCACAAAUUUAGUGGCGCAUUCAAAAGGCAGUGUACUCUGCUGUGUAUGUAAACAACCUAUCAAAGGUCUGAUUGUUCAAGCAUUGAAUAAAAAUUGGCAUCCAAAUCAUUUCUUAUGCCAGCACUGUAACAAGCCAAUAAAAGAACACAAAUUCAAUGUGUAUGAGGGGAAGCCAUAUUGCGAGAACGACUAUGCUCACCUUUUCUUGAAAAGGUGUAACGGUUGUCACUUGCCCAUAAAAGAUGUCGUGGUUGUAGCUCUGAAUGCAAACUGGCACAGAGAGCACUUUGUUUGUGCCAAUUGUGGUACACAACUCUGCAACAAAGGGUUCUUCGAGAAGGACAUGAACCCGUACUGUAAAAAAUGUUUCGAAGAUAAAUAUUGUCCAAAGUGCAAAGGCUGUGAUGAAUCUAUAACCGAUACAGCUGUAAUGGCAUUAGGCGAGAAAUGGCACCAGACUUGCUUUUUGUGCAAAAAUUGCUCAAGACCAAUAACAUCAGGCAAGUUUGAAGUUGUUAAUGAUAAACCAUUGUGCGAUAACUGCAGUCAGUAUCUUAGUAAAGCUGAUCAUAUCCCUUGAAUUAACCAACAAAUCGGAAUCAAGCAAACAAGUAUGCCAAGGAACUAAAUAUGUAAAAAUUUGUGACACCUGAAAUAAAAGACAUGACAUCAAGUA